GCCAAAAAAAAAACAAAAAAACCGGGGGCUUCAUCUGUACCCCUACUACAAUGCCGUCGCCUUCUUUUUUUUUUUUUGACGAAAGCAACUCCAAGAACCGUUAUCCAGUGUCUUUCUGCAUGCGCCACCCGUUUCCCUCUCUAGAAUUCCUCCGGCGUUUCCCACGCACGGAGUCGCUGGUGGCUCCCUGCGGCGGGAGAAGCCUUGGGCGCCAUUCUUGCAUGCCUCCCUGCACGUUCUUUCUCGUCAGCGCAUUCAGUCCUCUCGUUUUUUGAGCGUCAUGUCGGCCGCCCUGUCUUCUCAAAAGCGAUAAUCCCCGGCAGCUUCGAGGAUUCAACACCAAGGUUGGCGGCACGACGUUGUGGACAAUUUUUGACGUGGCAAGCGCGAAAAGAAAGGGGAGGAGAAUCAAUGCCACGAAGGAGAAGAGGACACAGAAGCACGCGAGAGAAGGGGGAGUAACGCUGUCAAAGGGGCAACAAGCAGGGACACUGCCACCUGCAGACUGUGCGAAGUCGGUAUUUUCAAGGUUUUUCCCGUCAUCGUUCUCCUUUGGAACGAUCAUAUUCCCGCCGAAAUGGCGAUGAUUCCUUCCAAACAGUGGGUCCCGGCACUUCUGGGCUCCUGCGUCAUCUCAGGAGUCUUCUGGCAUCUAACGAGGAACUCGAAAGUCUUUGGAGGAGAAACUCCGCGUACGCUCACGAAGGAGUGGGAACAGGCAACGGAUAAAAUGAUGAGCAGUAUGCCUCGUGAAGGUGGUCCUAAUGUUAUUCUGAACCCUGUCAAACGGCAAAACUACCGAUAAAUUCCACUCUGCCGCUAUCCGGCGUUGAUGAAGACCUGUGGUGCAGGUAAGUGGGGAGAGUCGCUGGCUAGAUGUUUUUUCCAGCCCGUCAAAGAUAUUGCUGGUGCGGCUGCGGGCUAUGGCUGAUGCUGCUUGGCCACAGGAGAUGUGUUGUCUUUUCUGCAGCAACAUUGGUAUCAAAGGUCAGUGAAACGCAAGGGAGGUGCACAUGCGAGGAAGGGGAGGGAGAGGGCGGUGCGGGGAGGAGGAUGAUUCGGCAGGCACAAAGGUUGCAACCUUCUCUGCCCUUCUCAUUGGCUGAUGGUUUUCGCGACUCGUUGAUCAUUUAUUGGAAGUAUAGGCUGUGUUGGAUGCUUGCAUUAUUUUGCAGUCAGGCGUGGACUAUUGUCCACAGCAAGUCGUAUAGCACACAGAUCGUAUGUGUUAUGCGUUUUUACCCCCGCAGGAACGCUGUUGUUGCAAAUUUGCUGAACAAAUCGUUUUCGUGUUGAUUUCUCAAUUGACGGAUGCUGUACAGUUCAGGUGGUUGACUGCUGUGUGUCGUUGAUGAUGUGUUGCGGAUGCUAUGGACAGCAUGGAUGACAGAUCUUGGGCUUAACUUUUCUGACUUUGCUAUCCUCCUUGCGGCCGUUUCAUAGGCCUUUGAACUGUAGAUGGUUGCUGCAUGCCCAGUUUCGUUUGGAAAAUU